GAAAGAGGGACCCAGAGGGACAGGUCCCAGCUGUCUCUCAAGGUCCUCCGCUCAGCUCUAAGGCCCAGGUCCCGGCGUCAUGGGGGAGUGGGCGUUCCUAGGCUCCCUGCUGGACGCGGUGCAGCUGCAGUCGCCGCUCGUGGGUCGCCUCUGGCUGGUGAUCAUGCUGAUCUUCCGCAUCCUGGUGCUGGCCACGGUGGGAGGUGCGGUGUUCGAGGACGAGCAGGAGGAGUUCGUGUGUAACACGCUGCAGCCCGGCUGUCGCCAGACCUGCUACGAUCGCGCCUUCCCGGUGUCCCACUACCGCUUCUGGCUCUUCCACAUCCUGCUGCUGUCGGCGCCGCCGGUGCUGUUCGUCAUCUACUCCAUGCACCAGGCCAGCAAGGAGGCGGGUGGUGCGCAGCUGGCCCCGCCGUGCACGCGCGGGCGUGCCGAGGCGCCGUGCUCCCCGUGCGCCCUGCGCGCUCGCCGCGCGCGCCGCUGCUACCUGCUGAGCGUGGCUCUGCGCCUGCUCGCCGAGCUGGCUUUCCUGGGCGGCCAGGCGCUGCUCUACGGCUUCCGCGUGGACCCGCACUACGCGUGCGCCGGGCCACCUUGUCCGCACACGGUCGACUGUUUCGUGAGCCGGCCCACCGAGAAGACCGUCUUCGUGGUCUUCUACUUCGCCGUCGGGCUGCUGUCGGCGCUGCUCAGCGUGGCCGAGCUGGGUCACCUGCUCUGGAAGGGUCGCCAGCGCGCCAAGCUGCUCCCGCCGCCGCCGCCGUCGCCCUCUUUGCCAUCGCAGCGCGGGGACCCCGACCCUUUCGGCCCACCAGCCUACGCGCACCGCUCACCGGCCGGCGACAGCGAGGGCGAAGGCGGCAGCGGCCACAGCAAAGCGUCUCUGGCCACUGUGCGCCAGGACCUGGCCAUCUAGCGGCGAGAUCGGAGGCUGGAUAUCAGCACCCGGGUCCUUGGAGGCAGAAGGCUUUGCUUCUGAAAUACUGCGUAGGACCCUGCCUGAGCAGAAGAUGAGCAGAGGGGCCCGCCAGGGUUCGGGUGGGGGAGGUGUCGCACUUCCUAGUGCUGGUUACAGCAGCCGUGGUAAAUCAGGGAGGCUCCUCGGUGGUGCUGUGAUCCCUGCGGAAAGGGAGGACGCCAAGGGCUCCUCUGAGAGGAGGCAAACCGGCCGUGGGUGACAUGAUUGUUGCACCGGGGACAAAAAUCAACAGUGAUGGCAACAUUCCCAGGUUCCCUGCUAAUUCAGAGAAAAGUGGUUCUCCGUGAGCGCUCUGCACACAAGCACACUGGACACACUCAGAUGGAUUGGCUGCUCAAGCAUUGUAAACCACUAUGAGCUGUGUGUAUUUGCAUGUGUAUGCUUGUGAGGGUUCGCACAUGCGUGUGUCUACAAGUAUACACGUCCCGAGUGACAGGCGAUAGAGACCUGAGUUCAUGCCUGCGUGCACAGACAUGUACAUAUAUGUCCUUGAGGGCUCUGUGUGGAUGCAGGUACGCAUGCGUCCUGUGUUAGCUCUGUAUACACACCUAUACACACAUACAUUCUGUGUGUGCAUCCGCCACCACUGUCAGUCACUAACCCAGCCACCUGUGAGGCAGCUCUGUCCCCAACAGGAACUGACAGCAAACAGUCCUGUUCAGUCAUCUUCUGUGCUCUGCGCCCAGUGGCCAGGCAGGGUAGCCCAGUGGCUAGGCAGGGUAGCUAAGCUCCACCGUGGAGGCUGACAGGGGUGGGGCUCGACUUGAAACAGUGUUGUGCUUUCUGCUUACUUCAUCUCUGGUCCCACCAGCCACUGUUUCCUGUAAUCUAUAAAUGUGACUGACUCCUUUCUGUCCUCAAGGAAAGCUGCCCUUCAAAGAGAGGUGUUUCUGGGUCCCCAUUCCCUUGCAACUAGCCCAGACUUUUUUUGUUUUUGUUUUUCGAGACAGGAUUUCUCUGUA